AUGGGUCUGCUUCAGUGCAUCGCCCUUGGCUUUAAGGUGAAUUUGGCCGCCCGCAUGAUGGUGGCCUACCCGGGGGUGGUGUCCUGUGAUGCAGAGACCUGCGCGGCCUCUCGCCUGCCCAGCUACUGCUUCAGAGCGCUACCAAAGAGAAACUUGAAAGGCGUUAUCAGUCCCACCACUGUCUAUCAAUACGUGGGGACCACCGAGAAGCAGCAACGUGACGUGGGCGUUGCCGAGGAGAGGUCACCCUAUGGUCCCUUGCUGGGUCGGGAGGCAGAGAUUGACCGCUUUGAAUUCUGCUUGGAGGCCUAUAAGCAUUUGGAAGAACCACACGUCCUGGCAUUUGUGGGCAUUCCAGGCUCUGGAAAGAGCCACUUACUCGCCGAGCUGGCCAUUUUAGGCCGGGCUGCUGGGCACAGGGUCAACGCUGUGGAACUGGCAGAGGAGAACUUGAAGCAGCCCUUCUCUGCCAUCCGUCUGCUGGUGGCCAGGGCACUGGGUCUCCAGGCCGGUGAGACUUGCAGUGACAGGCAGCGCGCCCUGCAGACCGUGCUCCAAGGCACAAUAGAAGAGAGCAGCUAUUGCUUGCUCAACGAUGUUUUCUUAGUGGAGUUUCCCAUCACAGACGAGGUGUGCAGGAUGCGUCACACUGAAUGGAACAGUGCGUUCCACCUGACUUGUACGCAAGUGCUACAGAAGGUGCUUGGAGGGGAAUUUGGCAUAUUUUUCGUCGACAACGCCCACUUCGUGGACUCUGAGUCCUGGUCUAUCAUGUGGCCCCUGCUCCAAAGCGUCACGGUCCUUAUGGUCAUGAGCUUAGCUCCGGGCCGUGACAGAGCAGAGGACAUUUUCAAAGCUGCCACGGACAGCACAACAUCGGAGAGAAUCACCUGUCUUCGUCUGGAAGGGCUGAAAGCUUCAGACGUGGUGCGGAAAGCCUGCCAGGAGCUUGGAGUGCGCAGCAUCCCCAGGGAGCUGGCAAGGUAAAGCCAAGUCGGGCAGCUCUUCUGAAGGGGUUGCAUUUAUGCUGACCACGGCUGGGAAUCGCCCUGCAAAAAAGGCAGCCACGGGGCUGAUGGGUCUCUCCUUAAGCCUGGCCAUAGCAGGUGUGAGCUGAGAAUGGGCAACUGCCACGAGGCAGCAGAGUGUGGAUGGUGUCAGCCCUUUGCUGUUGCCGUGGCUUGCUCUUCUGUGCUUUAGGCACUGUCCAGCAGCCUUUCCUGAU